CUUGAGCCAAGACACUACGGUUGACCACAAUCACCGCAAAGGGACCUCUUCUGUCGCGGACACGGUGACUCUCUACUCCAUGGCCUGGGAGACGACUCUGCCAAAAAUCAAGAGCACUUGGAUAUUACGCCCGUUGCGGGGAAUUUUUUUUAUUAUUAAUUUGCUCCAAUUUUCCCAAUUAUUGAUAACGAAGACUUGGGUUGUUUUGUUACUAAGCGGGUUGUUCUUUCUAGCGUUGUAUAAAAUAAAGCUGAGUUCGGUUAUAGUGACAAGGA